AAGCGAUCAUGGGUUCUUCUUCUAGAAAUCUCUAUGCAAGAAUUAGAGAAGGUCAAUCAACUUCUAGGCCACCACUCUUUGAUGGCACCAACUAUUCCUAUUGGAAGGAACGGAUGAGAAUUUAUAUCCGCUCAACCAACUUCCAAUUAUGGUUGGUCAUCAAAAACGGCGAAGAAACGCCAAUGAAGAAGGUCGGUGAAAAACUCGUCCCAAAGACCGAGGACGAAUUUGAUGCCGAAGACAUCAAAAAGGUGGAGAACUACGCCAAGGCAAUCAACAUGCUGUACUGCGUGGUCAACCCCGAUGAUUAUCGUAAGAUCUCUUGCUGCACCACCGCCAAAGAAAUGUGGGACAAGCUGGAGGUCACAUAUGAAGGUACGGACCAAGUUCGGGAAGCCAAAAUCGACUUCCUAACGCAGGAGUACGAAAUGUUUAGGAUGAAGGAAGGCGAAAAGAUCGAUGAUAUGUUCGAUCGGUUCUCAAAGAUCAUCAACGACCUUCAUGCACUCAAGAAGACUUACGCCAACAAGGACCUUGUGAGGAAAAUCCUGCGGAGUCUCACUCUCGAAUGGAGAUCAAAGGCUGACGCAAUCUACGAAUCCAUCGGAGUCUCCAACGUCACCAUCGACGGGUUAAGAGGUAAUCUCAAAACUUAUGAAUCUACUAUUCUAACCCCGUCUUUGGAUGAACAAAAGAAGAAAGGAAUAGCACUCAAAGCAACCAAAGAGACGGUGGAAGAAGACUCAAGCGAUGAUGACAACGAGUUCGGACUCGUCAUCAAGAAAUUCCACAAAUUUAUGAAGAAGGAAUUUGAGCGCAAAGGAAGAAAGCACGACGGUCCCCUGAAGUGCUAUGGCUGUGGCGAAAUAGGCCACAUCAAGUCGAGGUGUCCAAAAGGCAAAAACGGCAAGGACAAACCCGGCUUCAAAAAGCAAAGAGCCUAUAUCUCAUGGGGUGGAGACUCCGGCGACGAGUCAACUUAUCAAGAAGAAGAUGAAGCCGCUAACCUCUGUCUCAUGGCACACGAAGACCACGCCGAUGAAGUACAAGAGGUAUGUAUCACUUCUUCCGACUCUUACACUUUUGAAGAGAUGCAAGAAGCACUCCAUAAUACUCGCUUGGCGAGAAAGGCUAUUUGUGAUGAUCUUGCAGACUCACUUGAGAGAAUGCACAUUGAAGACGAUGAGGAAGACACGCCAUUAAACACCAACCCGCAACCACAACCUGAGGAAACACCUCAAGUGAUGGUCGAAAAUGAGGACCAAGCGGACGAAGAAGAACAAGAGGAAGCCCAGGAACAAGAGGAAACCGAGCUUCCCAUCGCUUGGAGAACGCACAAGAACCAUCCACUUGACCAGCUUCAUCAAGCCGGCCUUUGGCCGUUCGUCUCCCGGGCUCGAAAGGAGAUCAACCUGGCGCUGAUCCGGGCCUUCUACUCAAACCUCCGGCGUGAGGACAACGUGCUCUACUCCCUUGUCAAGAGCACGCCGAUUGAGCUCUUCGUUGAGCAGCUUGGGCGCAUCGCUGGCCUCCCCUUCCAAGGCGAAGACGUCUCUCACUAUGGCGGAGAAGACUGGGUGCUCAACAUCGAGGGUAAUAUCCUCAACGAGCUUGGCAUCACCGAGCUCAUCCGCCAUGCCUCGGGCCGCCCCACCAUCCACUCCGCUAACCCCGAAGGCCGACUCGACCUCAAGCUCAUCCACGCGAUCAUGCACUCGGCCCCAAUCAAUUGGGCAAAGUUUGUCAUGAUCAACAUGUCGAUCGCCGCGUCCACCGACCACGAUCACCUCCUCCCGUACCCGUUCGUGGUAAUGGACAUCCUUGAACGGUUCAAGGUCACCACCACCGUUGGCCCGCUCACAAAGGCCACGAAGCUUUGGAUGAUCAGCGCCCAAACCUUCACAAAGCGGUCGGACAAUGCCGCGCCUGCCACUGCCGCACCACGCCGCACUACCCCUGCCGCUGGCCCAGCCGAACCCCAGGCCCGGGCCAACCUCGCCUCCAUCGCCGACUCCCUCAACCGGCUACACUUCAAAGUUGACGGGAUGGAUGGCUACCUUGAGAGGCUUGACGAGGCGGUACAACGCCAAGGGCACACCAUGAACGCGUACUUCCAACGCGUUAACUACGUCCCUCCACCGUACCAUGGCACGUUCAUUGGGCAAGUGUACGGUGACGAGGACGAAGACGAUGCCUCCUACGUCCCGUCAAGCUCUCCGGAUGAAGAUGAGUUCGACGAUGCCAUCGAUGGGGAUGAGAUGGACGUCGACGACGACGAAGAAACCGGAGGCGAAGAGGAGGAAGAAGAAGACUAGGCCGCCCCUAGCAUUUCUUAUCUCUUUUUAUUGUCAUUUUUUUUACUCGCUUUCGUUGUACUCCAUUUCCCAUUUUCAUAAAUAAAAGUAUCUUUUAAAUUUUUGUUAAUGUCAAAAGGGGGAAGAAAAAGGCUAUGCAUAU